AUGAACGAUCCUUUUAUAUCCUUUUGUAAGCGUAGAUUUGAGAAUACAAAAAUCCAUGUCAAAGAAAAGUGGCUCUCUGGUUCUAUUCAAAAAAUUUGUUCCAAUGAAUCCAGCAAUGAUACUUAUAGUGAAUUAUAUACUAAAAUUUAUAAAAAAUUCUUGAAAUCAAAUCUAAAGGAUUCCAUUCACUCCACUAUACCACAAAAUAUUGUUGACACACAUCUUACAAUGCUCGAUGAAGGCAAACCAGCAAUUUUACAAAUAAUCGACAUUGUAGAAAUUGGAGUUUCAACACAAAAAUUAUAUGAUAUGUUAAAUAGUUAUUUAUCCGGUUCGUUAAAACAAGGCCAUAAAUACAAAGAUGUUAGUAAACAAUUUAAGAAUAAUGUUCAAGAUGUACAGCUUCCACGUUCUAUUCUCAAGUUAACUUUGACUGAUGGAAAUCAAAUUUUCGAUGCAAUAGAAUGCAGUCCUAUAAAAGAUUUAAAUUUAUCUACACCAAUUGGAACAAAGAUAUCUGUAAAUAAAACACAGAUAUUAAGAGGUUUCUUGUGUCUUAAACCAGAUAAUAUAAAUGUUUUAGGUGGAUUUGAAACUAUAGAUCAAUACAAAUAUUUAAAUGUAUUACUUGAAAAAUUAAAAAGACAACUAGAUGAAAAGAAAACAGGAGGAACUUCAAGGAUUAAUUGUUCUGACCAUCGUAACUCAAUAUCACAAUCAGAAAUCCAAGAUCUUAAUGUCAAUGAACCAAUAGAAACUUUUCAAAAAAAUCAAAAAUCAAAACCUGAUUAUAAUAUUGAUCAAAUCGAUUAUGUUUCUUCGACACCAAUGUUACUAGAACCAAAAGAUCAAGAUUUCAACGAUCAAAAACAUGAUCCUGAAUUUUUGCCUAUGAAUAAUAGUCUUGAUGAUUACGAUAACAAUCACAACUACGUUUCCUCAACAAAAAUGUCAAUGAAACCAGAAGACAAAGACCUUGAUGACAAUAAUACGAAUGAAUAUUGGCAACACAAUGAACCUGAGGCUUGGUCUAAAAAUAAUCAUCCAGAUUAUAUUAAUAAUAACGAUCCAACGCCACUACCAAUAAAACUAGAAGAGCAAGACUUUAAUGACAAUAAUACGAAUGAAUAUUGGCAACACAAUAAACCCGAGGCUUGGUCUAAAAAUAAUCAUCCAGAUUAUAUUAAUAAUAACGAUCCAACACCACUACCAAUAAAACUAGAAGAGCAAGACUUUAAUGACAAUAAUAACGAUCCAACGCCACUACCAAUAAAACUAGAAGAGCAAGACUUUAAUGACAAUAAUAUGAGUGAAUAUCGGCAAUCCAAUGAACCUCAAGUUUGGUCUAAAAAUAAUCAUCUAGAUUAUACUAAUAAUAAUGAUUCAACGUCACUACCAUUAAAGUCAGAGGGACAAGACUUCAAUGACAAUAAUAUGAGUGAAUAUUGGCAAUCCAAUGAACCUGAAAUUUGGUCUAAAAAUGAUUAUAUUAAUAAUAAUGAUUCAACGCCACCACCAUUAAAGCUAGAGGAACAAGACUUCAAUGACAAUGAUUCGAUCAAAAAUGGCCAAACAAACGAGCCUGAAUUUUGGUCUAAUAAUAAUCCUGAUUGUAAUAUACUAGAAAAUCAUCAAACAAAUGAAGCAGAACCGACGGACAAUUUUUAUUGGGAAAACAUUGAAAAGACCGAGAACUUACAUUUAGCAAAUGAGAACAAACAAAAUCAGCAAACUAAAGACUUAUCAAAAGAAAAUCAUUUUAACGAAGAUUUUGGAUUUCAUGAAAGUAAUAUUAAUGACACAAAAAAUGACGAAUGUCUUAAAAGUGAACCAGGGGAAAGGAAAUUAUCAAUCGACGAUUCAUACAAUCAAAAAAUGCUUAAAUCUUUUACUUCUGGGCCUGAUAAUCCAAUUCAAAUGGAUUACGAACCAAUCGAAAGAAAACUUUGUGAAUUACCUGAAAUAUUAAAAAAUAGACCAUUGACGCCAAUAAUAGUUAAUGUUAAUAUAGACGAAAUAAAAGCAUUUAGCGCAAAUUUUGAUAUUGGUCUAUUAAUGUGGAUUAUUAUUAAAGAUGAUACCGCAAGUCAAGAUGUAAUAAUAUCAGAAAAUAUCCUUGAAUCACUUUUUGAAAUGGAUGCUCAAGAAUUUCGAAGAAUUAUUGCAGAGGGUGAAACCAGUCGUAUUAAUUUAUACAAAAAAAUAUUGAUUCCAAUAAAAAAAAUACUUUUAUCAAUGAAGAGAUUUUGGUUGUUAUUGAGUUUAGAGGAAUCUACAGAUUUGGAUUUAUUUGAUUAUUUUGAAGUAUACAAAUUACCAAAAUAA